GUCAAGAAGUACUAUGUAGGAAAAUACCUACUAACUAUAGAUUUGUCUUUAAUAUUUAUUCAAUCAUUCAAUACUAGGAUAUUAAAAAAAUAUAUAAUAAUUAAAACCAAGUCGAAGAUCAGGAAAAUAUUAUCAGAAAGUUAACAGAAAUAAGAUUCUAAUUAUCAAAAUUUACUUACAUAAUGGUUCUCACAUAUGAAUAUCGUAUUUGCAUGCCUAUGGAAGUAAAAGAGUAUCAAAUUGGUCAGCUUUAUAUGAUUGCUCGUCAUAGUUUUGAGCAGUCUAGCAAUGGUGAAGGUGUGGAAGUUGUAGCUAAUGAAGAAGUACAUGAUGAGGUUAAUGGUCCAGGCCAGUUCACUGAAAAGAGGAUUCAUUUGUCUAGUCAUUUGCCAUAUUGGCUGCAGUCAUUAAUACCAAAAAUAUUCUAUGUGACUGAAAAGGCUUGGAAUUACUAUCCUUACACAAUAACUGAAUAUACAUGUUCUUUUAUUCCAAAGUUCUCUAUUUCCAUACAAACACGGUAUGAGGACAACAAUGGCACUACUGAAAAUUGCUUGGGUUUGACCCCAGAAGAACUUGAACAAAGGAAGGUGGAUUUUCUUGACAUAGCCUAUGAUGAGAUAAAACCACAUCAUUACAAAGAAUCAGAGGAUCCCAAAUUUUUCAAAUCAGAGAAGACUGGUCGCGGUCCAUUGGUUGAGGGGUGGCGAGAUACACAGAAACCGAUUAUGUGCUGUUACAAAUUAGUAAAUGUAAAAUUUGAAGUUUGGGGUUUGCAGACCAGGGUGGAGGAAUAUGUGCAAGGAGCGAUACGAGAAGUACUGCUUCUAGGUCAUCGACAAGCUUUUGCUUGGAUGGAUGAAUGGUACAACAUGACUAUUGAAGAUGUAAGAGAAUAUGAACGUGAAAUGCAAGCAAAAACUAAUAUUAAGCUGAAAACAACUAUAGAAAAUGCAGCAGGCAAAUCUGAUGCGGAAGAGGCCACAAAGUCACAACCGGAUACACCAAAGAGUCCUAAAACUCCCAAGAGUUCAGGUUCUACACCCUCAGCUGAGACCAGGUCGUGGUUUACAUGGUCUUAAAGCUAUUAAAAUAAGUAGUCACACUGGAUCUCUUCUCGCUGCCGAUACAGGGUUUGGUUUUGGGAACAUUUGUGUUCAUGUCAUGCCUUCAAAUAUUAUCAUGUCAUCCAUCUAUCAUUGUUAUGCUGUAUAUUUCUGUUAAAAGGUUAAAUUACUUCAGGUAAAAGUAAAUAUACUUAAUGUCUUUAUUAAAUUCUUUGUAACUUGACUGCAGAAAUUGCAAAUUAUGUUUGAUAUUUUUCAAGUGAUAAUUAAAGUGAUGAUCGCUUAGUA